AUGGGCCUCAGUCCAGUCUACUUCUUCUCCCAUGGCUCAACCAUGAUGCUGGGCGAGGAAUCUACCUCGGCCGACUACUGGAAACAAUGCGGUGAUGAAGCCCUUGUCCGCGGCAUCAAGGGGGUCGUAAUAAUGGUGCCACCACACCUCAUCCCAGCCAACGACUGUCAAGGGGCACACUGGGACUGUCUAGGAGACAAAAUCGAAGUCGCCACAAACCCCAAACCUGGCAAGAGUCCAGUAGCCUUCGUGAAGCCCGAAAAAUACGUGGACUACGAACUCAUCCCCGAUCUCGACACAUGCAACCGAUGCAUCGACAUGCUCGCCAAAGAAGGGUUCAACGUAUCUGAAAACAAUAAAUUUGACUGGAUCCACGAUGUCUACCUGAUCCUCAUCCGAAUGUUUCCAGGCGGAUGCCCACCAACGACACUAAUCUCUAUGAAUGCCCGCUACGACCCCCACUUCCACAUGAAGAUUGGUUCAACUCUCCGACCCCUUCGAAAGGAGAAUUAUCUUAUCAUCGGUACUGGAGGUAGUGUUCAUAAUCUUUACCGCAACUACUGGGCACCUAUGUUGCGUCACCGUGACAAUUUUGCAAUGCAAACACCCCCUGAAGACUGGGCUCUGGAGUUCAGAGAUGCUGUGGAGGAUGUUCUUGUGAAUAAUUCUGGGCCCAAGCUACGGAGAGCAAUGACGAGGUUGAUGAAACACCCAAGAUUCCGGGAUGCGCAUGCUACGGAUGAUCAUUUUAUGGCGGCGAUGUUUGUGGCGGGGGCCGCUGGGGACUUUGAGGAUGUGGGUUCGGAGGCCGUUUUGGGGGCUGAGAGUUGGGAGCUUACGAAUAUGUGCAAUUCUCAGUGGAAAGUUGGUAAAUGGGUAGAUUAA